GUAGUUGAGGAUGAAGAUGAGCGUGAACUGUACGACAUCACCCUCCGAGAGGUGCACGAGUCCUGGUCAAAUGCCCAAGGUCAGUUCCGUAUGACUUCGUUCGACCUUGCGUCGGCCUACAAGCAACUCCCUCUACACCCAGAGGAGUAUUGUUGUUCGAUAGUGACCCUGAAGAACCCCGACACCAAGUCUGCUGUAUGCUUUGAAAUGCGUGCCCUUCCUUUUGGAAGUGUGGCCAGUGUGCUCCACUUCAACCGCAUCUCAAGGCUCAUCUGGGCCUUGGGUCUUUGGCUGGGAAUCUUGUGGACUAACUAUUUUGACGACUACCCUACAAUCACGCAUGAGGCUCACCAGCUGUCGACCAUGACAUGCGUGAAAGGUCUCUUUGAACUUCUAGGUUUCGCCUUUGCCGAAGAGAAGCUGGCACCUUUCGGGGAAGAAGCCGAAACUUUAGGAGUGCUCGUGAAUCUGUCCCAAGCCUCUCAGGGCAAGAUAGUCGUGGACAACAAACCUUCGAGGAAACAGGAACUGCUGGAGACUAUUGACAAGGUUUUAGGCGACGGCUUUGUGAUCCCAAUCCAGCUUCCUUCGAUCCUUGGUAGGAUGCAGUUCGCAGACAUGCAGUUGGCAGGAAAGAUGGGUGGCUUAGCCAUGGCAGACUUAAGGCGCGCUUCUACCUUCAUGUCUGAUGUAGAGGAGGAGAAUGCUGCUGAUGAGGGCUCAGGUGAUGAAGAUGAUCCGACUGUCAAGAUUCAGAAGGUCUUCAGUGUGCGU